CCGAUGUGCUCUCUUCUCGCUCACCCACACGUUUCGGGCUCAGUUCCAUUUUUCCAACUUUCCUGCACCCGACUUCUUCCGACCCUUGCCGGGGAUGAGUUCAAAUUUUAACGAUAUUGUCAAACAGGGUUAUGUCAGGAUAAGAAGCCGGAGACUUGGGAUUUAUCAGAGGUGUUGGUUAGUAUUCAAGAAAGCUUCCAGUAAAGGUCCAAAGCGGCUGGAGAAGUUUUCCGACGAGCGAGCUGCGUACUUCAGAUGUUACCAUAAGGUCACAGAGCUCAACAAUCUGAAAAGCAUUGUUAGACUCCCUCAAACCACCAAGAAGCAUGCGGUGGGAAUUUUCUUUACCGAUGACACCUCAAAAACAUUCGCCUGUGAAUCAGAGCUGGAGGCUGAUGAAUGGUGUAAGGUGAUGCACACUGAGUGUCUCGGGACCAGGAUUAAUGACAUCAGUUUGGGAGAACCAGAUUUGUUGGCAACUGGUGUAGAAAGAGAGCAGAAUGAGAGAUUCAAUGUGUAUUUGAUGCCAUCCCCUAAUACAGAUGUCCAUGGGGAAUGCACUCUUCAGAUCACGUUUGAGAACAUUAGCUUAUGGGACGUGCAAAACCCCAGGCUGAAGCUUGUGUCUUGGCCGCUAAGCUCGCUGCGGAGGUACGGGAGGGACCCAGCCUGGUUCACUUUUGAAGCCGGCAGGAUGUGUGACACCGGGGAGGGGCUGUUCAUUUUCCAAACCAGAGAAGGUGAAGCCAUUUAUCAUAAAGUUCAUUCAGCCGCCCUGGCAAUAGCAGAACAACAUGAACGGUUACUGCAGAGCGUCAAGAAUUCAAUGCUUCAAAUGAGAAUGAGUGAGAGGACAGUGUCUCUGAACACCAUGGUCCCACUACCUCGCAGCGCUUACUGGCAGCACAUUACGAGACAGCACAGUACAGGACAGCUCUACAGCCUGCAAGACCUCUCCAAUCCACAGAAAUUGCAUCGAACAGACACAUUUCCAACAUACCGGUCCGAGCACUGACAGAUGGUGCAACAGACUUCUUGGUUACUCUUUAACAAUAAACUAUUUGGAACUGAGGAGAAAGCUUGGACUACUUAUCUUCUGUGACCGGCAGGACAAGCAGCAACAACUAUCAGCCUGAAUAUUUCUAUAUUCAAAGAUGCAACUUUUUUAACCUCACCAAGACUGUGCUUUACACAUUCAGGAAAACAUUUUUGAUUUUGACCUUGAAUCAUCAUGAAAUAUAUUCUGCUCAUAUCAACCACACUAAACCUACAGCUCUCCUUCUGGUGUGAAACAACAGCUUCUACAACUUACUGUUGGCAGUUAUAAUUUCACAUCAGCUGAAGAGCAGGUUCUCAACCUCUACUGUAGAUCAUGCUGUAGGUGAGCAGCCAGUGGUUCUACAGCUGGGACUGCUAUAGAGCCUUUGGUUUCCUGGACCUGCACUGUCUUGUAUUUUCUUGUGUUUUAUGUCGUUAUGGAGGUGAACAGUCAUCAUAUUGGGGUUCUGAGUCUUGUCUGUCUGUUUCUGUAUUUCAUGGUUGGUUAAUUUGCACACAAGAUGGCCGAGACACCAUUAUUUCUUCAUAAAGUCAAAGAGUAUAUAAAUCCUUAGAUUAGUAGAAAGUUGUGGACAAAAAGAAAAAUGGUUGGUAUUCAAUUUUGGAAAACUGCAGAAUCUUUGAAUACUUUUGAAUUUCAGGAAAACAAUCCCUACAGUAAAUUUCUAAUGAUGAAACUGAUGAUCAGGAGACCAUCCUCACGGAGCAGUUUGAAACUUUUGACAUACUGUCUAAACCUUAGUUCUGCUGUCAUUCGUUUUCCUAGAGAUGACACAUGGGGUAAGAAGAAGACUUGAGUCAGUGGAGACCUUUCUAGAUGUGAAGCUCAAGUUACCAUUUGUUUCCAGUGUAUCUGUCAGGAGCUAGAUGUGACAGCACAAUUGCCCAUAUUUACUAAUGUUAGUGCACCUAGACAUCGUCAUAAAUUGCACUGUGUUUUUAUGGCGCAAUUUGGUGCAUUUAGCUUUAGAUAAAUCCAGAGCGUUUGGUUUAGGGACAUGGCUUCACACGAAAUGGCCUUGGCCUAUGAUGCAACAUUUUGCACCAAAAUGGCACCACCGUUCUGGCACAAAAAUGAUUUAGCAAAGUAACCCAACCAGUUUGUGAUGUAAUGUUAGACAACAGCGUAUAACUCAGUACCAGAUUUAUCAUCCAGCCUGAGCCCCUGUGAUAAAUCUGGUGAAGGUCAAUCUACAGGAAGACUUCUGCAGAGUGGAUGAUAAAGGAGCGAGAGGUGAAAUAAUCAUCAGAAUACAUCAAUAUGUCCGGUAUCUGUCAGGAGGCAGAAGGUACCGAGCAAUGUUUGGCAGAUCUCUAGAGCUCAGUGGUGUAUUAAUCUGCAGAGAGUAUCACUAUGUAUAGUAUCUGUCAGGAGGCACAAGGUACCAAGCAAUGCUUGUCAGAUCUCUAGAGGUCAGUGGUGUAAUAAUCUGCAGAAUAUAUCAUGUAUAGUAUCAUUGGAAGCAUUGGGGGACAGACCAAUCUUCUGCAGAUUGCACAUGAAGUCACUGAUUAUCUGCAGAGUACAUCAGUCCAUUUGCCAGGUGGUAGAAGGGUAGUGUAAUAUUCUGCAGACAGGGGCGUACACAGAUUUCAUAAAGCCCCAAGACAAAAUGUAGUAAGAGCUCUCCUGCCCCACCCAAUUUCCUAGUGCAUAUGCUUCAAUCUUUCACAGGCAAUGCAGAAUGUAACGUGCAACCCCCAGUUUUCUGACAAAUUGACUUGUUUUUUAAUAAUAGUAGAAUACAUUUUAAUUUAAAUAAAUAAUAGCAAAUAAGUUGCUCUUGCUCUCAUCCACAUCAUCCAACUUCUGUAUGGGAAAAAUAUUGGCACCAGACAAGUAGCAUAAAUAGAUUGACAAGUAUCCACUAUACAGCUGUAAAUCACUGCUUCUUGUCAUUUAGUAUACUACAAAACCGAGUGCCUACAGCCACCACUAGGGGGAGCUUGGUGUAUAGGAAUUUAUACAGCUACCCUUGACUGCAAUGGAAGCCAUAAUGUCUUUUCACUGAGCUCCCUAGUGGUGGACACAUGAAAAUGCAGUGUUUUCAUGUUGAGAGGAGGAGUCCAGUGCCAUGUCCACACUCCCUUAAGGCCCUGUAGCAGUCUUCUAGUCUGCGCCACUGUCUGCAGAUCUCUAGAGAAGUCAGUGGUGUAAUACUCGUCUGACUAUAUCAAUAUGUAUCUGCCAGGAGGUAUAGGGAACAGAACAAUGUUCUGCAGUUAGCAUUUG